CUGUGCCAUCUGAUGUUCAAGGAUUUAUAGGUUUAGUCAAAAUUGCUUUUGCGCACUGUGGAGAUUAAGCACCGUGGGAUGUUUGUUGGUCAGGCCAGAGCUGCUGCUUCUUCCCCAGCCCCGAUGCUGUUCUGCUGAAGACAAUGUCCCAGGACCCACAAGGAGAGGUUUUAGCCCUGGUAGGGUGUGGAAUUUGACUGGAGUUUGAGUGGUCUACAGGGGUAUGCGCACCAUGCAGGUGGAUACUGUGUUGGUGCUGUUCUGCGUCUGCCUCAUGGGGGUUUCUGGGAGAUCAGCUCAUCAAAGAGGUGACAAGCUGGAGACCUACAAACAGAGCAGCUCCAGGAGAGAAACAUCAAGAAUGGAUGAUGGAGGAGCUCACAGCAAGACCGCAAGCCCGAUCCUAAAACGAGGUCCAGACAUGACAAAAUCUCCCAUGACAAAAUCUGAGCAGCUCUUAAGAAUAGAUGACCAUGACUUUACCAUGAGACCAGCAUUUGGAGGACCCCCUAUUCCAGUUGGGGUAGAUGUUCAGGUUGAAAGUCUGGACACAAUCUCUGAAGUGGAUAUGGACUUCACCAUGACCCUGUACCUGAGGCACUACUGGAAGGACGAGCGCCUGUCCUUCACCAGUACCAAUAACCAGAGCAUGACCUUUGACAGCAGGCUGGCCAAGAAGAUCUGGGUUCCUGACAUGUUCUUCGUCCACUCCAAGAGGUCCUUCAUCCAUGACACAACCACGGACAACGUCAUGCUGAGGGUGUACCCUGACGGCAACGUGCUUUACAGUCUGAGAGUCACAGUCACGGCCAUGUGCAAUAUGGACCUGAGUCGCUUCCCUCUAGACACACAGACCUGCUCGCUGGAAAUAGAGAGCUAUGCAUACACGGACGAUGAUCUCAUGCUGUACUGGAAGAAAGGCAAUGAGUCACUGAACACGGACGAGAGGAUAUCUUUAUCCCAGUUCCUCAUCCAGAAGUUUCACACCACUACAAAGCUGGCCUUCUAUAGCAGUACAGGCUGGUACAACCGUCUGUACAUCCACUUCACCCUGCGACGUCACGUCUUCUUCUUCCUGCUCCAGACAUACUUCCCAGCCACCCUCAUGGUCAUGCUGUCCUGGGUCUCCUUCUGGAUUGACCGCCGGGCCGUCCCCGCUAGGGUCCCUUUGGGUAUCACCACAGUGCUCACCAUGUCUACCAUCAUCACUGGAGUCAACGCCUCCAUGCCCAGAGUGUCCUACAUCAAAGCGGUGGACAUCUACCUGUGGGUCAGUUUCGUGUUUGUCUUCCUCUCGGUCAUAGAGUAUGCCGCGGUCAACUACCUCUCUACCGUGCAGGAAAGGAAAGAGAGGAAACUAAGAGAGAGGUUGCCGUGUACCUGUGGCAUCGGAAACCCUGACGACGCCAUGUGCGACCCCCAGAUCACUGGCUACACCACCAUGGACGUCAACAGUAUAGGGAACUAUGGCACCGCAGGGAACUAUGGGAUGCCGGAAAACGGUGGCAGGCAGGAGAGAAUGUUUGCCCAGGUGGUUCUGGGGGAUCCCCAACUCACGGGCCAGGUAAAAAGGCCAGGCUAUGUGAACAUUUGGAUAGACACCCACGCCAUAGACAAGUACUCACGGAUGGUCUUCCCUGGUUCCUACGUCCUGUUCAACAUCAUCUACUGGUCCAUCUACUCCUAACGCCUGGCCAAUGGGGAAGGACUAUACUACCCUAACACAUCCACAUGCUGCAGUUAGAGCACAACAUUAGGCACCAAACAGCACAAAACUGACUGAAACAGGGAGCGACUACCUGAAUUUGUCCAAUAAGAAACACAAGUUUUCGUUUUUCAGGGCAAAACUUUUGCUACAUUUUGCAACAGUAUGCCCUCAUGAACAUGAAACAGGACACCGCUGUAACUCCAUUAACAGGGAUAGUGGCCACGCAGAGAUAAAACAUGUUAUUGUUUCUGCUUUCAAGACAAAAGACGGAGAUAUGUAUUUUAAAUUGUGAGGUGAACAUUGCCUUCUUGACCCAGCCUCUUAAAUGGAUCCAUGUACAGUACAGUGCAUUUGGAAAGUAUUCAGACGCCUUGACUUUUUCCACAUUUAGUUACAUUACAGCCUUAUUCUAAAAUGGAUUAAAUGUUUUUUUCUUCUUUCUCAAUCUACACACAAUACCCCAUAAUGACAAAGCAAAAGUUGGUUUGUAGAAAAUGUUGCAAAUUUAAUAAUAAAAAAAAAUGAAAUAUCA